GUCACCCCCCCACCCCGUCUACUUUUCGUAAGGCGCAGAAGUGCUCCGUGGCUUUCGAGAAGGACUUAAUAGGCUGGUUUGCAGGACGAAGGGUGCUUUUUUAUCAGAUCGGGAGAGGCGUGCAACUGGGGAAAAGCAGGGGGGAGAGAAGUUCGUAGUCCGCGAAUCCUUUCGGGGAUCGGAGGGAAUCUUGCAUGUUGAAAAGUUAGGGCGCAAGGAUUGCGGGCGAGGUGGGAAAUACACGCUUGCAUGUUGUCAUCUGCCGUACUGCAAAGUGGAAAGGAAGUGUAAAUAGUGAGUAGGGCCGUUCUAAUAGCAGCAAACGCGUGCUGAGUGAAGUAUGGAUGUGCAAGUCAUUUUGCAAGAGCAAAGUAGGGUUUAUCCCUGAAGAGCGGUGGUGGCUUCUGUUGCUUAUUCAUAUUUUAACUGCAUGAAUUGCAAUAUGAUUAUUCAAAUAGGGAUGUUUUGAUUUGCAGAUCUUAGAAAGUUACUAGAACGGCCAAGAUCUCAUCUGCCUGGCUCUUCCUAUGUAAUAUGGGACACUUGAAAGCAUGGGUUAAGGUUCAACUUUUAAGAAGGCAAAAAAUCAUGAACCGCUGGACUAAUCCUGUAAGGGCAGGCUUUUUCUCCUUAAAAAGAGGUAUUUGUACUUUGAAGCUUGAAUUGCAAGAGGAUCUGGCUGGGGUCUUGGAUUGGCCUGAUGGCAACUAUAAUGGUGCACUUGUUUCAAAAAGCAGUUUUCAAAAGUCUACAUUUGCAUUUUAAAGGACAAAGUUGCUGUAACCUGAGCUUGUGGGAGCCCUGGCAGAUGUGUGCCAGUGACUGGGUGCAUUUUGCCAUUUUUAUCUCCUGUGACCUUGAUUGUGAUGGCAAUACAGGAUGGACACCUCAUUUGGGCAAAAGUGAAGUCGUCUCUUUUAGAAGAAAAACUGUGAUAUUAAACAGUGAUCUAAUGCUUGAUACGCGAAAUACAUCAUACAUCUAGUGCUUGUGUGCUGUGAUUAAAACUGCAUCCAGAUGCAAGGCCUCAUGUUUUGAUUGUGCCCGUGUUUUGGAGACAAACAGGUCAGUCUCUAAUUUCCUAGACAUCGGAAGAUAUUUCUUCAUCAGGCUGAAUAUAUCAAUUCUGCCCAAACCAAACUGAGAAAAGAAAUUCACGUGUAUUUUUUCUUGUUUGGAAGAUCAUUAUGGAAGAGCUGCUUGUGCCAGACUCUUAUUGUCACUCUGCUUGCAGAGUGUCAGAGACAGCUAGUCCUCCUUUAGCUGCAGAAUUUUUGUUCACCUUUCUGUGUGUAGUGUGUGUGCCUGUGUGUGUGUGCCGCAUGUAUGCACAUUUACACUUUCCUUUCCUGGAUGCAGAAAUUCCUCCCCAUAUUUUCAAAAAAGGUAUAUAGAGGGCGUCUUUGGAACAUGUUUCUAAUGUUCUCUCUUUUUUUCUCCUUCCCUUUCAAAAGAGAUGCUCUUUUUAUUGUGUGCAUGUGUGUGUGUGCGCACACACAUUUGUGGGUUAAUUUGCUGAGCAGCUUGGUACCAUCACAGGUGUUGAAGGACAUAAAUCAGGAAUGCUCCUGCCCUGGUGCUUUCAUGUGGCUUUGCAGGGGGGUGAAGGGCUUGCAGUUCCUGGCGUGUUCAGAGCGACAGGUGCUGCAUCAGGUUUGAGCACCUGGCAGCCUUUGCUGUGGCUGGGCUCCUCUUGUUUCCAAGUCUGCGCUGGACUUCAAAGGCUGAAGAAGUCCACUUACCACAGUCUUUCCUUUGUCCAUUGUAAGCACCUCCUUUAGCAGACUUGGCCACCCCAGAAUCAUUAAGAAGGAGAUUUGAAAACCUAGAUUGAGACCAGUAAGCCUAGGGGUACAAUAUGGGUUGAAUCCUAGUAUAAUCUCAGCAGCCCCUGUAGAGCGAUGUGUGGUAAGCACAGCGUUUCCAAAAGCUUGGAUUUGUUUCGCAUAGCACAAUCUUGUGCAUAUUUACCCAGCAAUAAGGGCAGCUCUGUUCUAAGGGGUUUACUCCCAGGCAAAUCUGCCUAGAAUGGAGACUUAGUUAAGAAGAGAACCAAUUACCUUCAUUAUGUCAUCUCUAGACACUUCUCUCAAGGAAAAUUGCUAUUGUCAAGACAAAAAUCUGGGAAAUAGGAAUUAUUUUACCCUUUUCCAUUGUUUGAUCACAGGAAGUGGGAAAAUCCCAGCUGGGUUAUUUCAGCUUUUAAAAAGCUUGUGUUUACACAAAAACAGCAUUGGGGUUGGUCUCUUGGAAAGGAGCCCUUACUUACCUCUCCCAUUGAUAGCUUUGAGUGGUGUUGACUAUCCUUUCUGGCAGAUCAGACAUCUUGACAGCUGCAGGUUUUCUCAUUGCUGCCAUUUAUAUGCUGUGGAAAGCUGCAUCUGUUGAAUACCUUGAUGUGCAGCUGUUAAAAGCACAGGAAACAUGCAAAGCAGGAAAAGGGUCUCUGUAUAGCAGAGGAGAGCUGUACAUCUAAUGCCAGAAUCCAUCUGCCCUUGUUCAAAUGGGGUUGAGCACAAGCAGCGGAUUCAGCUCUGGAACAUUUGAGCCUGGAAGAAAUACUGUAGCUUUCAACAAGAAAAGCUUCUUUUAGAUAAUUCCACCCAUUGUCAAACUGACAAUAACAGUCUGUUCCUUGUUGCAAGUUUCCUUAAGCUGAGAUGCCCUGUAUCCAAACGCAAUAUGGGACCUUGCUUCAGAACGGAGGGUCCUGCGAGCGCUACCCAGCAGACCUCUUGACCCCUGAGCUUGGCAAACCCACCAUGGACCUGGUCAAUACCGAGAUCUCUGCUGCCACUACUACUCUGCCCAGCUUCAGCACCUUCAUGGACAAUUAUACAGGCGAAUUUGACGCUUUCCUCUAUCAGAUUCCAGCUGCAAACCCCAAUACCACAUCUUUCAAGCUGGAAGAUUUCCAAGUAUAUGGUUGUUAUCCUGGCCCUUUCAGCAGCCAGUUGGAUGAGACCAUGUCCUCAAGCGGCUCAGACUAUUAUGGCAGUCCAUGCUCAGUCCCUUCCCCUUCCACGCCAAGUUUCCAGACUUCCCAAGGGCCAACUUGGGAGAACUCCUUUGGAAGCUAUUCCCCCUCUCAUACCUAUGAGGGCAUGAGGCCCUGGGUGGCAGCAGCAACAGCAGCAGAGCCUCCCAAAAGUAGUUCUACUCAACCAUCUUAUUUUUCCUUUGGCCUUUCGGCUCACAGCCCUGGAGUCCCACCCCAGAGUCCUCUGAAGAUGCAGCCAGCACCCCACCAGCACUUGGUGGAUGGAGAAGUCUUCUCACUCCCACAAACCUCCUCUUCAGUCAAUUUUUCUCCUUUGCCACUCAGCCAGGCUUCUCCAGGCCUGGAUGGCUCUGGCCUAAUGGACAGUUCCCUCUCUCCAACAAAGACACGCAGCCCUGGAUCCAAUGAAGGGCGCUGUGCUGUAUGUGGGGACAACGCUUCAUGCCAACACUAUGGUGUCCGGACCUGUGAGGGCUGCAAGGGUUUUUUCAAGCGCACAGUACAGAAGAAUGCCAAAUAUAUCUGCUUAGCCAACAAAGAUUGCCCUGUGGACAAGCGGCGGAGAAACCGGUGCCAGUUUUGUCGGUUCCAGAAGUGCCUUGCUGUGGGAAUGGUCAAAGAAGUGGUGCGGACAGACAGCCUGAAAGGCCGACGUGGUCGGCUGCCCUCCAAGCCCAAACAAACUCAAGAUAUUUCACCGGUCAGCCUCAUCUCCUCUCUUGUGAGAGCACACAUAGAUUCUGUACCCAGUGCUACCAAACUUGACUAUUCCAAGUUCCAGGAAUCUGUCUCCUAUCAAUUUGAGAAGGAGGACUGCGUGGAUGUGCAGCAGUUCUAUGACCUGUUAACGGGCUCAAUGGAUGUGAUCCGAAAAUGGGCAGAGAAGAUUCAAGGCUUCCUAGAGCUUCCAAAAGAGGACCAGGACCUGCUUUUGGAAUCUGCUUUUUUGGAGCUAUUCAUUCUCCGGCUAGCAUACAGAUCCAAGCCAGAAGAAGGCAAACUUAUCUUCUGUAAUGGUGUUGUGCUGCAUCGUAUGCAGUGUGUCCGGGGUUUUGGGGAAUGGAUAGAUUCCAUCAUUGAAUUUUCCCAGAACCUCCACCGCAUGAAUAUCGAUGUACCCUCCUUCUCCUGUCUUGCAGCACUUGUCAUAAUUACAGACCGCCAUGGGCUAAAGGAGCCAAAGAAAGUUGAAGACCUCCAGAACCGCAUUGUCAAUUGCCUUAAGGACCAUGUGACUUCCAUCGCCAAUGAGCAGGUACAUCCAAACUGCCUCUCGAAGUUAUUGGGCAAACUUCCUGAGCUCCGCACCCUUUGCACUCAAGGCCUACAGCGCAUCUUCUACUUGAAGCUAGAAGACCUGGUGCCCCCUCCUCCCAUUGUGGAUAAAAUAUUCAUGGACACACUGCCAUUCUGAGGACAAGGUGGAGGGAAGCCACCAUGAACCAAACGGUGCUUUCUCUGGCGGAGAGUGUCUUUGUUUGGGUUUCUCCUCCUCCUCCCUACCACCACCACCAUCACCAUUUAUCUUCCUCGGAGGGAGAGAAAAACUCGCAGAGUGAAUGUUCUGCCACCUUCCGUCCGGAGGGAAGAUUGCAGGAACAUUUCCAGAAACAUUUCCAGAAGAGUGUUUUAAAAUGUUAGCCCAGUGGUUGGAGACUGAAAAGCACUGUAUGUGCCCUUUCCCUCUCAUUUCCUUUAAGUUUAGAGGUUACCAGGACAUUAAGAAUUGCCAUGUAAUUCUCUCUGAACUUGGGACAACUUCUUGGGGUUUGUAUUUUUUUUUUAAAAAAAACUUGUGGGGGAAGCCCUGUGUGCCUUCUUGGGUUACAUGCACAAUCCCUAAACAAUGCUGCCUUGUCCCAGGACCCGCCAACAGCUCUGCGUGCAAUCCAGCACCCCUCUUCCAUACUGUUGCAUGGAGCCACUGUCUGUAACACAAAUGGAACAUUUCCAUUGAUUUGACAGUUGAAGGCCGGUCAGAGACUUAGAA